AUGCUACCAUCGUCUAUUAUCAGCAGUAUUGAAGGGAUGCCGGUCAGCCACACUCAACCAAGCUUUGCUACCCACUCCAGCAGCAAACAGGAAAGGGAUAUUGAAGCCUGGAAUACAGGGUAUCGAACACCACCACCGUCUAUCUCGAGCAGCAUUGAAGGGACAUCGGUCAGUCACGCUCAACCAUCCAGUGGCGAAUACCGUGGUAUUGAGGAUCAACGGUCUUCUCACUUUCUACCAUGUAUGGGCGUCGAGUCCUCUCCUCCUAGUGUGGGAACCGCCGGUAUUCCUUGGUGGCUUCCUAGCGCGGAACCAACUUAUCUAGGACACCUAGAAUUCUACAAUUCAAUGAAAUCCCUCGACGGUAUGGACCAGAAAUUUACUCUGGGCCAUCCCUACCACACGGCAUGGAAUCCCCGGAACUUAAGCCCAGAGUACGCACCGCAAGUGUAUAUGAAUACACAAGGAACAGUUGAUUCAUAA